GUCCCUGGGGCUCUGUCUGUCCCUCUGCUUGUUUGGCACUGGGUUCACUGGGAGCAGAUGGGCUUGGGAGGAGCAUGUGUGUCUUCAGGCUCCUUUACCUGUGGCUUCUCGCUCAAAUCAGCCCUUAGUAUUAAAAAAAAAAAAAAAAAAAAAAAAAAGCAGCAAGAAGGGCUUUUAUUGUGAAAAAGAGACUCUUCAAAUGCGAUUCCCCCUUUCCCAGCCUCUCCGCUCCCCUCCCCACAAGGAGGUGGAUCUAAGAUGAGGCAGAGUUUGAAAACUCGCAGCUGAAGUUUGAAGGGUGCCCUCCCACCCAGGGGGAAACCAGAGGCACCCGCUAAUGUGCUGUGGCAGGGACCCAGCAGCCCACAGAAAUGUGGAGUUGGGCAGCAGGGAUUGCAGAGAGCCUGGAGAGGCACCCCUGGGUGACAGCCCCUGGCUGUGGUUAACAGCUCAGAGAGAGGAGAAGUGCCGCAGGCAUCCGGCACCCAGCUUAGGAGGUGACCGCGUGCCGCAUCGCCCACAGGCAGAGAAGCACACGAGGAGGAGUGCGUCAGCUGGUACUCCAAGACAUGGCCCAGCGACUGUGGCGAAGGAUGGGGCUGAAGCCCCCUGCACCAGCAGCCCUGGGGGUACUGCUGGCCCUGGCCCUGCUGGCCCUUGCCCGCCUCCCCCCAUCGCUGGACCACUCCCCCCACCUGCCACCAGCAUCGUCCCCGCUAAGCCCCCAGUGGGAGGGGGCCGCCCCCCUAUCCAGGGGACGAGCCUGCUGCGAAAGGCCCCCUCCGCCCCCUGCUCGCCUGAGGCGGGACCAGCCCCCUGGCCGGGGCAGGAGGCAGCAGCAGGGGGUGGCGGGGCAUGCUCCCCUGUGGCUCUCUGACGAUGACCUCCAGAAGAUGCGGCUGCUGGCCGGUGGGUGGGUGGUCUCCAAAGCCCGCAUCCCAGCCCAUGGGCAAGUCCUGCGUGUGGGGCUGCGGGCUGCGGGGGACACCAAGAGGGACACCUCACCAGCAGACCCGGAGAGGGAUUGCCAGGAUGGGCAAUGUGGGCUCAUCAAGCGCCCCAGCGACCUCUACGAGGUGCUGGCCUUCCACUUGGACAGGGUGCUAGGACUGAACCGCAGCCUGCCAGCCGUAGCCCGGCGCUUCACCAGCCACCUCCUGCCCUACAGCUACACCAAUGGCUCCCUGAGACCCAUCAUCUGGUGGGUGCCUGACCUUCAGCACCUGGAGGACGCCAACAAUGACCAGAACUCCUGUGCCCUGGGGUGGCUGCAGUAUCAGGAAAUGCUGAAGCCCCAUGGACCGACACUGGCAACCGGGAAUGCUCCCUGCUCCAGCAUCCCACGCAGCGAGUGGAGUCGCCUGGCCCUCUUUGACUUUCUCCUACAGGUUCACGACCGCCUGGACCGGUACUGCUGUGGGUUUCAGCCUGAUCCCUCUGAGCCCUGUGUGGAGGAGAGGCUCCAUGAGAAAUGCCGAAACCCAGCAGAGCUGGUCCUGGUCCACAUCCUGGUCCGCAGGAGUGCUCCGUCCCGCCUGGUGUUCAUUGACAACGCAGGCAGGCCACAUCACCCCGAGGAGAAGCUCAACUUCAGGCUCCUGCAAGGCAUAGGCAGCUUCCCAGCCGCGGCGGUGGCCACGCUGCGGUCGGGCAGGUUGCAGAGCCUACUGCUGGAGUCGCUGCGCCUGGACCGGGAGCUCUGGGAGAGCCAGGGUGGUGCUGAGGGCCUGAGACCCCUGCUUCGGACCAUCGACAGGCGGGCACGCAUCCUGCUGCAGUACAUCCAGGAGCACAACCUGACGGUGUUUGGGGAUUCGCCCCGCUGAACCGGCCGCUGGCUGGCAUGGCACUCCUGCCUUGCAAAUCCCUGCGGUGACAGAUGUACCUCACACCCUUGGUGUGGGCGAUGUGAGACUGCACGUCGGUGCUUACCUCUCCAAAAGGUAUCCCCUGCCUUGCAGGAUGCCCUGGAAAAGGGGAUGGGAUCGUAGGGAGUAGGAAAGAGGAGGAGGAGCUGUCUCCUGAAACAACCCACAACAGCUUGAGAAAGGUGUUAAGCAACAUUUAUCAAGGAGCAAUCUCAGCGUGGAUUUUCAAAGAAGACAUAUCCAUGAGAAUUUUUGGAUGCCUUCACCUGCCACCCGCCACCCCAACUUUGAAAACUGGAGACUUGGACUGCUCAACAGCCUAAGGGGACCUUGGGAAGGAUUAAAGAAGCGGUGAGAGGCACUGCUCAAUGCUCAGGGACGUCACUGGCAGCCUUUUCAUGGCUUGCACUGGGCUUUUUGAUGAUGCCUCUGCUGUUUCCAAGACAUUACAGGCAGAGAGGAUGGAGCAGCAUGGGGAAGGCAGAGGGGAGCUUUCUAAGUGGAUUAAGCAGGGACAAGUCUCCUGAGCCGAGCUUCAUCUUACCCCCACGGAGGAGGUGAUGUGUGCCUGGGAGCUGGUAUAAACCACUGCCCGAAGACAGGGCCAGGCAGGACCCCAGACUGCAGGCAGCGCCUGGCAGCAGCUGCUGUUACAGGAGCCCACGGUGCUCUCCCCGUGUGCUGUGCCUCUGUUGGGCUGGGCUGCUGCCAAGGUGCAUUUUGAAUGUGGGAUUUGAAUGUUUCAAUCUCUCGCUCACUCCUUCCCUUCGCUGUCAGGGGAUUAAAAGGCAAACCUACCAUGAGCUCUGCCGCUUGUGAAAAGCACUCCUGACUGCUCUCUUAGGCACAGCUAUAAGAAAUUCUUUCCAAGGCUUGCAGAAAAAUCUUUUAACAAAAAUGCCAGGCUAUUUCAACAGAAGGCAAUCAAGUGCAAAAUGCUUUCUGAGCUUGCUGGCUCCUCUGGCAGAGCCCAUCCUUCUCCUAUAUCCACCUUAGGCUCUUGCCCAUCAGCCCACUGUGAUGGGGUACCAGCAACAUCCCAGGCAGGCAAGUCUGCAAGUAUCAGGGCUGAGAGGAAAUUCAAAAGCAAAAUGAACAGGAGGAAAAAAUAUACCAGGAUGGGCUCUGUCAGACCCUCUCUUGUUCUCUGCAGCAUGUUUCCCAGCUGAGGCAUGCAGUCAGUGCUUGCUUGCCAGGAGCAGCUGGCUCCCCACCUGCCGGCUGAUGGUUUCCCACCAGGAGAAGGCUUUAUAAAGGAGCCUCAGGGAGCAGCCCUCCACUUCUCCAGUGUUGCAGGUGGACCCUCCAUGCUUGAGGCACCCCAACUCACUAGUACUGACGUGAGUACCUGUGCUGUGUUGCUGUCCUGUUGCCCUAGCUUUGGAGAACACGGCCACCCAUGCAGUGGGAGAGGCAAAAGAGGUGGGCAUUCAUGCCUUCCCUGCUCCAGCCAUCUCAGCAUCACAUCAGUUAUAGAACCUGCAAGGGGAUACUUUAACACCCAUGCUGAUAAGCACAAGCAAUUUUCUUUUUUUCCUUUUUCCUCUUGCUUAAGAGAAGAUGAAGUGAGGCGUGGGUGACGUGAAUCAACAAGCACCAGUGCUCUCAGAAAGUGUCAGCGCUCAAUGUUGCGGGUACAUCAGCAUCCACAACACUGGCAGCACCUUCUGGUGGCUGCAGCCCAGCCCUCCAGUUGCCAGGGAAAGCCUUUCCCCCAUCACACUUUCCACCCCAUGAGUUAUCACCCAGUUUGCCGUGCCAUGGGAUGGCUGACUGUCACGGAAGCCCCGCGCUAAAGCGCAAAUCAUAGGUAGUCAUUACUGGGAGGUGAGGUUAGCCUGUAGGAAUGGAGGACAACAAAAUAACUCAUCCUGGGUCCUGUGAAAAGCCAUGCCCGAGCACAGCCUUAUAUGAAUAAAGGAGACUAAAUGUAACAUAAUUAAAUCCAGAAAAUAUGCUGUGAAAAUAUGCUGUGUUACCACGUGGUAACAAGAGCAUUAGUUAGGAUGUGUAACAUCAGUCAUAGUCUUGUUUUUCUCAUUAAAAUUAUAAACUUCAUAAAAGAGAGGUUUUCACCGCAUGUAAGCCAAGCUCUCAGCAAGAAGCAAGAGGAAGUUGGGGCACUGCGCAGUGGCCAAAGCUUUUGUCUUGGCUGUGCUGGAACAGCAGCUUUUGCCUUGCCUCUGGUUGCAUCUUUUGUCUCUGCAUCUUCUUGACCUUAACAUUGCACAAGGUAGUGGGGAUUUUUCUGGUUUUUUUUUUUGCAUUUCCUUAGUUGUACCAUAUGAGAUUGCUGGCUAAACACAUGUGGGAACAUCUGUAAACACUUACACGUGAAUAAACAUCACUCUUAAAUUAACAAGAAGCCUUGUAUGGAUAAAUGAGAGAAACAAAAGCCAUGAUCUUGCUGAGACUGAUCAUUAGUCUCCUCUACUUAGUCAUUUUUUCCAUGGGCUUGUCUAUGUAGCCAAGAAAGUGCACAGGCUCUGAACUGCGGUCACGGCCAGUCAGAGAAAUCCCAUGGACUGCUCUGGCUGUAUCAGCCUUUACCACAUAGUGACAGGUUUGGUUUGCUCCAGCUGUCAGUGUCAUAUUUCCUAUGAAAAACUUAUUUUUAUGGGUUUAUAAUGAAGUUAUAAAAACUCACCUGGGGCCAUGCUUGACAAACAAGGUCUCAUCUCUGGAGUGAUCCUGUUUUAACCGAAUUUCACCAGGCAUCAUCACAGAUUCUGUUGGGGUAGUCCAAGCUGGCUGCGGAGCUGGGGCAGGACUGCUUUGGCUUUAAGAAGGCAGCAGCAGCUAAGCAAGGGAAAAAAGAGUGGAGAACCAAGUUGAGGCACCUUCCCUGGUCUUGCAAGAGCUGACGUGCAGGUGGCUUCCCGUGGAGGCAAUUAAAUGCAACCCCCAUCCCUCCAAGGAUGCUCUUGCUAGCAUCACUGGUGACAGGAUGGAGGAGAGCAGCAACAAGGAGACAAGACCAUUGGGAAAGUGAAGCCGUCUGUGUGCCAGUGUCCCUGGGGCCCAGCAGCAUGGGCAUGAGGUGCUACUUGCUCCGCAUGUCACCUGAAAAGACCCAGGGUGGAAGCCUAACGCAGCUGUCCCCUGGCUUGUUCUUCUCUUUGUGACUUCAAGAGCUGCUGGAAAAGCCUGUAAGAUUUUCCUUGAGGCUCCAGGCACCACUCCCUCUGGGGACCCUUGCAGGAGGGCAUCCCUGUGGCACCCUCGUGCCCACCCUUUGCACCGUGGGAAUGUGCUGCUUGCUGCCAGCACUCGGGGAGUAUGUUGAGAGCAUGGGCAUGUAACCUCACAGGGCUUCACGAGGAGGAAACGCUUUUCACAGUGACCAAAGUGGCAUGAUCUGCAUUUAACAGACUUCUGUCACCACACUGCCCUUCAGCUGGAAGAAAACAGGGCUGGGGGAAGGAAGGCAAGGGCCAAAUCGGCUCUAACCAACUGAACUCAUGCACAUACAUGCAUGCAUGAAAAACACAGGCACACCACCCCACCCACGUGUAUGCAUGCACCCCCCAACCCCAGUGCAUGCCUGCACUGGCACAUGCACACAGACAUGCACACAUGUGCGUACGUGCAUGCACGUCCCCUCCUGUCACGGUUUUAGCUGGGAUAGAGUUCAUUUUCUUCACUGUAGCUGGCAUAGUGCUGUGCUUUGGACUUAGUAUGAAAAUAAGGAUGAUAACACACCAAUGUUUUACUUGUUGCUGGGCAGUGCUUGUACUAAUCAAGGACUUUUCUAGCUUCCCAUGCUGUGCUGGGCGCACAAGAAGCCGGGAGGGGAGGGGGCACAGCUAAGCGAGCAGAUUCAACCUGGCCAAAGGGAUAUUCCAUAUCAUGUAACGUCAUGCCCAGUAUGUUACCUGGGAGGGGCUGGCUGGGAGAGGGAGGCAGCAAUCACGGCUCAGGGUCCUGCAGCAUUGGUCGGUGGGUGGUGAGCGGUUGUAUCGUUUGUGUUUCUGGUUUUUUUUCCCCUUUUUCCCUUUUCCUUUUUAUUAUAUUAUCAUUAUUGUUAUUAUUAUAAUAAUAAUAAUUAUUUAUUUUAAUUAUUAAACUGUUCUUAUCUCAACCAACAAGUUUUCUUUUUUUUUGCUUUUGCUCUUCUGAUUCUCUCCCCCAUCCCAGAGGGGUGGGGGGAGCGAGCGAGCGGCUGCGUGGUGUUUAGUUGCCGACUGGGGCUGAACCACAACAGUACGUCCCCCACGCACAAAUGCACCCAGACACCCCGCCCCUGCACGCACUACUCCUGCUCAGCCUGUUCUUAACCCCCAAAGCUGGUGAGCCCCAAAUGCCCCCCA